AGCCCGAUGCUGCAUUGUCAGUCGAAGAUGAUUUACUACAAUUUGAAGAUGGUGAAGUAACUCAAGAAUCUAAAAAAACGCCUUUGAGACCUGGAGAAUUACCAUUUGGAGUUCAUAGCAGUGAGUCAGAUGAAGAUAGAACUCCAAUAAUUACUGGAAAACCUAUUGUCGGUAAUUUUAAAGGUGAAGAACAAACAUUAUCAAUCGGACAACCAAUAAAUAAUAAAGAACAAACAGAAUUAAAACCUGGAAAUUUUGUUGUGCCAAAUGAAAAUCGUCCAGAUUUACAGUAUAACAUUCAACAUUCUCACGAACAAAUUGCGAAUAAUACCAUGAAACAAAAUAAACAUGUAAAUAAUCAUCCUCCAAGAGAUGAUAUUCAACAAGCAAUGAAUAUGGAUGAAAAAUUACCACCUUUGCCAACAAUUAAACAUGAUAAUAAUGAUUUGAAUAGCCAAGGCAGUACACCACAACCAUCUAUAGUGAAACCAAAUCGUGAUAAUGAAGUUUUAGGCUUAUCCCCUCCUCCAGUUAUUACCCAUUCAUUAAAAUAUGAUAAUGUUACUCAAAGGCCUCAAGUAUCUAGGAUACCUUAUCGUCCUAAACCAAAACCUUCAACCUCUCCUCCAUACCAAUUUGAAAGACCACUAAACAGAAGGCCAUCAAUUCCACAUAAUAGUCAAGAAGAAAUGAUUUUAAAACCAUUAUCUACAACUGCAAAAAUUGAACCUGUUAAAAAAUGGGAGGUUUCAUUAAAUCCGAGACCGGAAUACAGACCAACCUAUAAAGAAGAAAAACCUGAAAUAAUAAAAGCAGAAAGUAAAGUUUUUAACCAAGGUUCGAGUAUAAAAUCACAAUUACAAGAAAAAACUAAAGAAAAUACGGUAAUUUUUAGUGAUCCUAUAACACAUGUAAUACCUACAAUUGUUACUCAAGAUACAACUAAAUGGAAUGAAUAUAGCCCUAUUUCAAGUACAGAGAGUAAAAUAGAAACAGUUCAAUCCACUACAGAAACCCCAGCAUUGACUUCAAUUACUACUGGAACUAUAAAAUCACACACAACACCGAUUAAACCAACUAGUAAGACCACUGAUUAUCAUAGUGUUAUAAGUGUUAUUAUCAAAAACGAAGAAAAGCCAGAAGAUAAAUCGAAUGAAAAUAUAAUUGAAAAUCCUACAACUCCCAAGCAAAAAUCACAGAUGAGACCACAAGUUACAAUCUUACAACUUCCAGAAAGACCAUCAUUCAUGGAUGACUUCCACAAGCAAUUACAAGGCUCAUCACUUCCAACGAGAUUUGUCACACAUACGCAAACAUUAUCAGUAACUAUAACAGAAACAACAGUUUUACAAAGUGACGGUUUCGAACCAUCUACUCAUACACUUAUUCUCACCAAAACCCAAACAUCUACAUUAGUAGACACAGUAACCGAAUUUCAUACAUUAGUGAAACCCACGCAAGUCUUGUCUACAAUUACAACUACCGUUCCAGCUCCAAUACGUUCUAACCCUGUUAUUCAAGUGCCGGUAGUGGAAGGCACAAAAACCAAAACAAUAAAUAUACCCCCAGAUGAAAAUGAAACAUUAUUAGUAGUUAUGACAGAUAAAAAAGGCGGAAACAAUGGAAUACCACCAGAAAUACAAGUUCCUGAUGAAACAAAUGAAAUAGGACCAAGUGACGUAUUACUAAGUGGCAUUCUAACUCAUUCAUCAGACACUGAAUGUCGACCUGAAUGCAAAGCGUCUAAAAAUGAAAUCUGCCAAAGAGUGGAAAAUACAAUGCGAUGCGUCUGUAGACCAGGUUUUGCAAGAAUGUUUUUGGACAGACCUUGUAAACCUACUUAUACAUAUACAAUGAAGUUAGUAUUGGACAGAUUCCGUAAAGAUCCCAUUAAAUAUUCUUCACAAUUAGACGAUCCUAGUUCUAAUCAAUAUCAAAAACUGACAGAAGCCACUAAAGAAGGAUUAAACCGUAUGUCAAUGCAGUCAGAUCUAAGAGAUAUUUAUCAUGGUGUAAUAGUUGGAGGUUUUGAACCAGAUGGAAAAAGUGAUAAAGCAGUGGUUUCGUAUAUAAUACAACUAUCUGAAAAUGCAGAAGAUAUUAAAUUAUGGGAAGCAACAAAAAAAUCACUUAGAGCCACAAACUAUAGUUUAGGAGGAACUGACAUAUUUGUUGCACGAGACCAAUUACAACAAUUAUCGGCGGAGG